AUGCCCAAGGAGGUGGGCAUGAAUUUUCACAAAGGGCAGGCACCGUUACCUAUGGUGAAGUCACAGUAUACCUCUGUAACGCCUCAUGCGGCGGUCGGGGCGCAUAGGAGGGGGACCAAACGCUAUCCGAAGGGGAACGGGAAGGUAGAAAGCAGGUUUCAGCACGAAUCAGACAUGCUGGUUUGUUUCAUGAAGAAAGAGAGGGAGCUCUUUCAAGCGAAGAACGUGUCUUGCCGCAGAUACCCGUGGGGUGGCUUCGUAUCGCAGGAGAAGGACCCCGAUGGGAGUGGGAGGAGUUCCAACCGAUCCGACGACGUUCCGGUAGUUCGUCCAAUGUGCGACUUUGCAGAAUGGGAGAAUGCUCAGAAAGAGAAGAUGAAAACGUUUACCUCGAGCCAGAGAUCCAGAGACAAGUGA